AAGAAAUGCGAUGGAACUUUUGUUUUUAGGACAUGAACUGUGUUCAAUAGUCAGUGUGUGUGGUUGGCCUGUCAAACAUUCAAUGCCUUAUGAGGGAACUGAAGCGAACAGCCUGUCGCCAUGUCGGAGCCUCCGCUAGCUUCGGUUGGAUACAGGCCCAAGUUGAGCCAUUCCAGGGUAUCGAAAUUGAGAGAAGACUCGAAGCAAAGUUGAAGAUAAGCCAGAAAACAAAGAAAUCCUCCAUCUGCCCAGGUAGCUCCCCUAUACGAACUGCCAUGGUUAUCCAGGAUGAAUCUCAACCUGCAGCCCCCCCACCUCAAAUCCGAAUUCUGAAGCGCCCCUCAAGUAACGGUUCCCUAGGGUCAACUAGUUCAUCUAACCGCCCCACCCAGCAGCCGAAGUCACUGGCCCAGCGGGAGGCAGAGUAUGCUGAGGCCCGCAGGAGGAUUUUGGGUAGUGCUAGUUCUGAAGAAACACCUCAGGACAAACCCAGCCAAGACAGACCAGUGCGAGUGAGUGCCCAGCCACAGCCUGAACCGGUUCGUCCAAACAAUCACCUGAUCCGCCAACCCACUGGCCCAGACGGCACCACAGGCUUCCGUCACUGCAGAUAGAGUGCAGAAGGGAGAGGGGGAUCCAUCGUCUCCAUGGGGGCAUGGUGUGCAAGGGAUAAAGGGGGAGGUAGCAUAGUGCAUGAAGAGCAGAGUGGUGGGAUGAAAUUGAAAAAUUUAGAUUAGGACAAACAGAAUAUAUUGGCCCACAGAAUGAGAUGAAGUAUCCCUCCCACCCCUUUCUGCUGACUGUUGGUACGCUCAUUGCCUUUCACCCUCUGCCCUGUCUCCAGUCUGCGCAGAGGGUUGCAGGGAGAUGGCAGAGAGGAGCUGAGUGUCAAGUCAGAUCUCCUCUCUGUCCCACACUGUGACAAGGGCAGUCCCUCAGGAUUCCACACACUGUGAUAUCUCCCAUGAUGCACCCUGAGCUGCCCCAUGCCCCUCUCCACUGUCCCUCUCCUGCUAAGGACCAGGGUCCUCCUAGGUCCUGGGCAUACCUGUCCUCCAGGGAAAUGACAGACUGGUUCUGUGGGACUGAAAGGUGGCCAGGGGGAAGUGAGGAAGGAACCUUGCUCUCGGUGUGAGUUUAGGGCCAUGGAUAGAGCAGGGGAGUGACAAGGUGCCACUUCGUGUUAGCAUGUUCAAGCAAUAAUUCCGAAAUCAACAUGUAAGCCCCGCCUUCUUUAGUUAGACUGCCUGUGCUGUAUCUGUUAAUAUUCGUCUGUUUUGUUUUUAAGUUAUUUCAACAACAAACAUUUUACUGUAAUUUUAUUUUUCUUUGUUUUUUUGUUUAACAUCUGGGCAGUAAACUGAAUGGUGAAUUUGGGAAGGUUGUUAGAUUAAUGGUGUCUCUUCUGUUAUUGCAUCUAGUUUUUUGUCUGUUUUCAAAGUGGGAAUGAUAUAGAAGAAAAAAAGACAGAAAAUGUUAGUGAAGCUGAAUGUUUUAUAGCAUCUUAUACAGGUAGUCAUUGAAAGUAGUAGCCAUUUUUGAAACUAUACUGUAAGUAUAUGUUGAGAUUAGGAAAAAAUAGUUUAUGGAUGGCCAAAAAGUAAUCCUGUAAAAAUGUCCACACUGCGUGGCCUUGUUGCUUCAUUUGCGAAGAGAGGGGCCACCGAAGGAGCAUGAAGAAGGCCAUUGCUUUCUUUUGAUUCAGGGUUGUUUGAAGAGGAAGCCAUUGGCUGGGAGUGUUUUAAGCAGCACCUCUGUUCUGUCCAGUCUUUCAUUCUGUCUCUCCAGGGUUGCCUUACUUGGAGAGAGGAGCACUUGUUCUUUUACGGUAAAGACAUGCUGGAUCAAGGAGAAUGACAGAAUAACAAACUGAGUUAGAUGGAGAUUGACAUAAAGUUUCAAUUUUUUGCUUGGUUAGAAGGCAAUGUUAUUGUUAAAGAGUGCCAAAGUGGAAAGGAAGUCCUUUUAUCCCCAGCGGAGGAACAUGUCAUAGCUCUGUCUAUCCAAUCUAUGUAGUUUUGUAAAUGAAAUGACAAGAAACUACAUCUUGGCUGUUUUAAACCAUAGUAAAUGUGUUGACUCAAACGCCUUAAAUUAUCUUUGGUUUCAUAUUGGACCCCACAGUAACUGAGGCACCUCAGGUUAAUGCUCUUGGAUGCUGAGAUUUAAACCCCCCCCCUCCUUUAAAAAGAAAAAUCUCCUCCCUGUAACCUCCCUUUCUCUAAUUUCUGUCAAUUGGCCCGCCUUAGAACCUCAGGAAAGGUGGUUUUGUUGGCCCAUCAGGCAGGUUUUAAUGCUGGAGUGGCCAAAAGCAAAGUCUUUGGUCUGCUCACAUGUAAUCCCAGUGGUGCAGUGACUGGCUGGAAUUGUUGCGCAGCCUAAUAUGUAAAGAAAAUCACACCCAGUAACCUUAUGUGGGUGUGAUUUGGUUCUUAUUUGGACUAUACUUAGAGUAUGUGACGUCUGGGCCAUUGACGAGUACUCAACCUCAUCCUUUAUCCUUUCUAGGGAUCACUGGGCAGAGAGGGCUGGACAGGUGAAAGCAAUACGGUGGAGAAACCCAGGUGGAUUGUAGAAACCCCUGGGUGCGGUUUCCAUACCUGUCUUUUCUACAUGGAUCAGAGAUCAGCUUGGGGAAGGGAGGGACGAGGAGACUAGAGUCUAACCCUGGAUUAGUAUGAUCCUCCUGAACAGGGUUAGGCUCAAUUCAGUUUAAUUCAGGAAUUGAAAUGUAAUGCUUGAAUAGAAAAUAGCUUUUUUAUUUCUGAGGAUUUAUUCCGUUUGUGAAGUGAAUUUGAAUUCAAAACCGAAUUGACCCAACGAUGCGCUUGAUGAGCCUGCGCAAUUCCAAUAACUCAGCCAUCGGAUAUGGGGCGACAAUGAAGAGAUGACGCUUUUCUCUUCUGUCAUGCGAACACAACAAACAAAUCAGCCUGUAAAGUUUUUUUAAAAAUUCCCUUUAAUAAAAUAAUAUUGAAAAGUAAAGUUAAACGCAAUUGCAAAUAUUUUUGUUUGGUGUAGAGUUUUAUUCUUCUAUUUUUUGAAAUGGAAAAUGUGCACGUACUUUUAGUCAAAUAUUAGUGGUUUUACAGAUACCAAGCAUAGCUGAAACCAUAACCUUAAAUGGCCCUCAAUGACUACAGGAAGAAUUUCAAAUGCAUUAAUAUGACAGAAUUUUUUUGAGCAAUCAUGUGAAUAUGAUAUUCUGCACAACCAACAUAAAUUGCAUUUCAGAAAUGCUUAAUGCAACCAUUGUCCAUUUUGGUCAAUGCCCAAUGAGAUCUUUGUGUGCUUUUGAAGUUAUACCUUAUUGUACAAUUAUUAAUUUUUAAAAACUUUCAGUUAGACUAAUGCUUGAAAUUAUUAUUCUAACCUAAACCAUAGCAGUAAGAACUCCAUAUAUGGCUAACUUUCUCUCAUAUAUUUUAUUGAGCUGUUGUAGCUUUAAAAUGAGUAUGGUGCCAGACAUUUCAGAUUUCCCCUUGAUGUUGUGGAGAUAUUUAAUAGUCUGUCCUGUUAAAAAAAAACUGUCUUAAACCCCGCAGUAAGCACCAUUGACAUGCAUCUUGUGUUCUUACUAACCUGAUCUAAAAAUCUGUGUGAAGUGUCGUCCUAAUGUAUAUCUCCUUGGAACUGUCAUAUCAUUGAACACUUGUGUCCUUUGUUUGUCUAGCCCAACACACUACAACAGUGGUAUUCAAAAACUUUCGGGGACCCCAUUUUUUUCACUGAUUUUUCACGACCCCAAAUCAAAUGACACAACGUUCAAAUCGGUACAUUUCUAUUUUUACAUCAACAAUUAGCCUUCAAGUCGUACCAUUUUACCGUGUUUUUCAAUUAUCUUUCUUAAAACCGUUUGUAUAUUGUCCAAUACAAGAAUCUGUACUCUUGUUAAUACAUUUUACGACCCAACUAGGAGUCACGACCGGGACUUUGGAUACCACUGCUCUACAAUGUGUGUCCAGGAUGUGCUGUCUAUUUUGUAUGAAUAAACUGCAGUAAUUAGAGAACAUAUUCUAAAAGCCAUUGGCCUUUUUAGACAUGGACAAACAUUUUUAUUUAGGCAAAAAAGUAACAUUUUGAGAUGCAAAUGUCAAUAACAUUUAAGUUAUAGGUCAUAUCCAUUUGUGUGCUAUGUGCAGAAAGGUUAGCGUUUUACUGUGGAAAAAUGUCCUCCUACAAGUAAGCGUAAUGGGGUAAAGUACUUGUAAAAAUACUUUAAAGUACAACUUAAGUAGUUUUUUGGGGGUAUCUGUACUUUACUAUUUAUAUUUUUGAUAACUUUUACUCCACUACAUUUCUUAAGAAAACAAUGUAUUUUUUACUUAGUACAUUUUCCCUGACACUCAAAAGUACUUGUUACAUUUUUAAAGUGUCCAAUUCACACUCUUAUCAAGAGAACAUCCCUGGUCAUCCCUACUGCCUCUGAUCUGACGGACUCACUAAUCUCAAAUGCUUAGUUUGUGAAUGAUUAUUUAGUGUGCCCUUGGCUAUCCAUAAAUAAAAAUAAGAAAAUCGUG